UCAGGCAGGGAGGAAGACUAGACAUGGCAUGGAGGGCUCGAUCUUGCGCUCACAGAUAUCAGUGAGAGCUUUGACACUAACAAAUUGGCUGUCUGAAAUUCCCAGGCCCCUUGUGCCCUUCACCCCUCUGGCAGACGGGCACUGGACAGAAUCACAGCUGUGUUCAUCUGGAGGACAUCUAGCUUUGCUGAUCUGACCGCUAUUAUCUGGAUUGGGGUAGCACCUAGUUACGGACCAGGCCCCCAUGUGCCAGGCGCUGUACAUUAUCAGGUGUAUUACGGUAGAGCCUAGGUGCCCCAGGCACAGAGAGAAAACCUCAGAGAGGCUGAGGCCUGACUACGUGCCUCCCAGCCGAGUUCUGCUGCUGCUUCCAAGCUCUGAAGCAAAGAUAAUGGCCCCGUGGCGAGGUCCUUCCGCGGCGGUGACGACAGUAGGAACUAGGGACUAUUUAACCAGACAACCAGGGGGAAAAAAGAACAACUAAUUUAGCACAUACAUUUGCUGAAGUCCUGGAAAGCCAGGGAAGGCCUCUUCAUUCUGCCGCAUCCUGAGGAACUGGAUCCGGGACUCCAAAUUAACAACUGCCUGCAAGGACGCUCAGUGCCCCUCAGAGAGAAGCAAAAGGAGCAGGUUCUCCAACUGGUGGCCACUUUUCCAAAGGUAUUUGCAGCUCGUCCGUGGCCCAGCAUCACAUUAAUGCAGAACCUGGUGAAGUAAUACAGGACGGGUUCCAACCAAUCCCCGACAAAUUGAGGGGGGCUGUCAAGGCCAUGUUAGAACUCGGGGUAACAGAGGAAUCCCUGAGCGACUGGAGGAGUCCUGUUGUGCUGGUUGCAAAGCCGGAUGGCUCCCUGUGUUUCUGGGAGGACUUCGUUCCUACUCCAUGUUGUGGAUGGACGAACUCUUAGGCCAGCUGGGAGAAGCCCAGUGCAUCACCACUCUGGAUUUGACAAAGGGAUACUGGAACAUCCCCUUAUCACUGGACUCUCGGAAGAAGACGGCUUCCCCUACACCACUUGGCCUAAUUCAUUUUAAGACGAUGCUCUUUGGGUUACAGGGGGCAGUGGCCCCCUUUUCAAUGUUUGGUGGACCAAUUACUCCAACCACAUAAUCAACAUGCGGCUGCGUACUUGGACAAUGUAGUCAUCUCCAGCAAGGAUUGGGAUUCCCAUCUGGACAAAUAGCGGCCCUUCCCUGAUCACUGAGGGAAGCUGGGUUAAUGGCUAACCCAGUUUGUAAUAGGGAAAACAGGAAUCCCAUUAUCUGGGAUACAUGGUCGGUGGAGGGCAAGUCCACCCCUAGAUGGAUAAGGUCUAUGCCCAAUGGGCACACAAGUUCGGGUCUUCCUAGGCCUAGCUGGCUACUAUGACUGAUUCAUACCACGUUCACCACGAUAGCAGCCCCACUGACUGACCUAACCAAGGACACUGCCAUCAGGGUCGGAGCAGUGCUCUGCAUGGGGGCGGGUACCCGAGGAGCAGUGGGCGGUCCCAGGCCUUCCAGCCAUUGGGACGACUGUUGCUGGUGUGAUGCCAUCUGCGUGAGCAGUCGUUGUGCUGGCGAGUCAGCCGGCCGGUGCAGGAGCCGGUUCACCUCCGUCGCUCUUUGCACUGCAGCGAUGGUUACAGUCCUCCCCACUUCUGAGACUGCCUCGUCAGCUGCUCUCCGGCCGUCUCCUAACUGUCUCCCUCUAGCCACCUCCAAUUGGCCCAGCCCUAAAAUGGGUCAAGCAGCCCUUAAACUCCAGGGCGUUUGUUGUCUCCCCAUCAGUUCCUUAGAGGCAGCCUGGCCCGGUUGUUGCUCCUCCACUAUCCCAGGCCUUUCUGCCUCCCCAUCUCACUCUGUCCUCCCUCCUUUAUAGCUGUGGCUGCCUGCGGGCCUCCAUGACUGUCAGCCUGGUGCCUCUCUCCCUGGGCUCCACCUGGUCACCCGUAAUGGGGCUCACAAAGCCCAGGGCUGUGCUGGGUGGCGGGGGCUAUGCCGGAGUGCUGAGUGUACUGUCUUGCGGCCCUAGUGCCUGGGGAGAGGCGCCCAACUGCCGGCCCCAGUUUGCCAGCCUGGGAGAUUCUGGCAAUGUCUUCUCCCCGAGUUGGCAGCUCUAGCUUCCUGCCCAGCAUGGUUUGCAUGUGAAGCUGAGUGUGCUCAAACACAGGCUGGUCACGCUCGAAGGCCCCCUCCUGCCUGGAGCAACAUUGUGCAACAACAGCUCCCCGCCGAGCCAGCCUUCCCAGGUGUGACCCCGCCUCCUCUCGCUCCAAGCAGCAUAAAUAGGCAGGCGAAGCUCAGCAAGAAAUCAGACUGGAGGCAGGUGAAGAAUGGGCGACUCGGAGCCACGGGCGGGCCUGGGUACUGUAUUGCCAUCAGCAAGCUACGGCUGCGAAGGGCUUUGUCUUCUGCUACUGCUCUGCUGGGCCUUGCGGCUCUCCGGGGCUUUUCUCCUUCCUCUUUUGCCAAGAGUGCAUUUGAUCUCCUUGUAGCUGGAUCCCGGAGGCAGGCUGCCCCGCCCACCCGAGACGCAGCGCCCAGGCAGGACAGGCGUUUGCAGCGCGACCACCGUGUUUUCAAGCCAGAGAAUGGGCUGAUAUAUUGAGACCUCGGUGGCGGGCAAGCGAGCGGCUCCGCAGAGCCAGCCCGCGGCCAAUCAGGGUCAUUUGAUUUUCUUUGAAUAAGUGACCGCUUAGUUGUAAACAGGUGAAACCCCAGCUCAUUUCUAAACAAGUCCCCUCCAGCUUGAAUUUUAGCUGCGUUUCUCUGACCAUAGUUUUCAUUCCCUCCAAGGCGACACACAGGAAACAAAGGUCACCGCAGUGCGGAAGUUGCAGCGCAGCUGGUUACGACACCGGCUGCAAGGCGUGCAGGUUGACAAUUACGCUAGUGGAAAUUUUGAUACCACAGAAUGAGUUACAAUGAUGUACAUUGCGGGCAUGCGGGAGCAUGUGACGGCCGCUAUAAAGAGACCCAUACUGGCCCAAUGGCAGAGUAGAUCCACAGAGCAGGGGCAGCCGGUGCAGGAUGGGUUGUCCGGUGUGUUGGCUCAGUUACCUGAUAGUGCUUUUUCUCUGCGGUUUCUGUUCAGAGGCACAUCCGUCCGAGAUUCAUGAAAAGCCAGCCGCCCAGAUGAAAGUCUUCAAGUACCGCCUUUGGGAUGUGGCCCAGAAGUCUCUCUACCUGCGGAACAAUCAGCUGGUCGCUGGCUAUUUGCAAGGGCCCAACUCUGCGCUGGAAGAGAAAAUUUGCUGGGUCCCCAACCGCUCCUUCGAGCGGGAGAAGUUCCCCAUCAUCCUGGGCGUCCAGGACGGGCGCCGCAGCCUGGCGUGUGGGACAGGCGCCCUGCCCGCGCUGCAGCUGGAGGACGUGAACAUCACGGAGCUGUCCCGGGGCGGUGAGGAAACCACCCGCUUCACCUUCUUCCGCUCCUACAAGGAAGGCAUGUGGCGCUUCGAGUCGGCUGCCAACCCAGGCUGGCUGCUCUGCACCUCCGCCCAGUCCAACGAGCCCCUGGGCCUCACCACCAGCCCGGACGCUGCCCAUAUCGUUGACUUCUACUUCCAGCUGUGCUGAGCCCAGCCGCCCGGGAGUGUGCCCCGGCCCAGCCUCCCCCCGGCUGUGUAGGAGGAGACCAGCUGGGUCGGGAAGGGCUGCACGACCUCUCCCUGACGCAGCCGCAACCUGCUGGGGCACAGGAGACAGAGCCAUGUCCUUAGGACUCCUGAGUCCCAGCAGGAGGGCACCGGGGCCUGAUCCUGCCAGGAACUGAGCGCCCUCCCGGUGGGGGUGUUUCAGUGCACCCAGCCCCUUGUAGAGCCAGGCCGUACGCUUCAGCCAACGUGCCCCAAAGGGGGGCCCGAUCCUGGGGGCCCCUCUCCAGAGCCGUGGAGCCUUUCCAAAGGGGCCUGCAGGCGUCCAGUGGCAAGAUGGCCCAGCGGUUCGAGCACUAGCCGGGGACUUGGAAAACCCUGCUCUGCCAGACUCCCUUGGGCAGAUCCCGGAGCCGCUCCGUGCCUUAAUUUCCCCCCCUGUACAAUGGGGACACCAGCCCUGCCCCCCGGGGUGUGUGAGGGUAACUCCAUGGGGGGGGAGGGAUUUCUCAGUGGUUUGAGCAUUGGCCUGCUAAACCCAGGGUGGUGAGUUCAAUCCUUGGGGCGGCCAUUUAGGGAUCUGGGGCAAAAAUUGGGGAUUGGUCCUGCUUUGAGCAGGGGGUAGGACUAGAUGACCUCCUGACGUCCCUUUCAACCCUGAUAGUCUAUGAUUCUAUGAUUCAUUAGCCACAGGCUCUGGUGCUGGGGGCCAGACAGGGCCCAUGGACAGGAAUCCCAGAGCAGGCGGGUGUCUGGCCGUGGGCCCGACAGAGCCGCAGCAGGAUGUUGCCAUGGCAGCACUGUUCCGGCUGGGCUCAGUGUCUCCCAGCGGUUCUGCUCUGCAUGGCUGCGGAAGGGCCGGCUGCCCUGGAAGGGGAUCUGGAUGCGCGCCCUCGCUGUGUGACUAGCUCGUCCCACUGGAGAGCUCUGGCCCCAUGGAUCCCCCCAACCCCAGCCUGGCUUUGAAUAAACGUGGAAAGUAGCUA